UUCGUAUGCAAAUAACUUCUCUGUUGAGUCAGUCUUGAGGAUAUAAAUAUUGACAGAAUCCUAUCAAACAGUUCCCUACAAAAUCAUCCUUGCCAAAGAAAAAUGGAAUUAUUUUACGGUCUGCUAUUAAUAGCAGGAAUUCUGCUUGCUUUUAUAUUAUCGGUUUUAACUGAAGCCUCUUAUCAUUCCUUCAAGGCAAAAAUUCCUCCUGAAGUUGACCAGCCACCAAAGCUCAGCUUCUAUAAUUGGCUUUUUACCGUGAUUGAAACUCUGGCAAAGAAAUUAGAAAGUCUGGGUAUCUGUAAGAAGCACCUACUGAUAAGGCUGUUUUCUCAUGGACUGAGGGCAUGCAGGGCUUCAGAGCUCCUCGUAGAGGAUCUGCAUUUUGGUGAGGUGCCAGUGAGGAUCUACCUCCCACGGUUACCAUCUGCAGGCAAACGGAGAGGAGUGGUCUUGCUCCAUGGAGGAUGCGGGAUGUUCGGGAGCAUAAGAAGCCAUGACAGAAUAUGCCAGCACAUAGCCCAGAAGUCUGAUUCCGUGGUUGUGUCUGUUGGGUACCGCUUGUCUCCUGAGCACAGGUAUCCAACCCAGACGUUGGACUGCGUCGCUGCCACCAUCCACUUUUUGAAGACCGCCGAAAACUACGGCGUGGAUCCCACCCGGAUCAUUGUGUGUGGGGACAGCGCAGGGGGCACUUUUGCGACCAGUACUUGCCAAGAACUAGCGAGCAGAACAGACAUCCCAAAGAUACGUGCCCAGCUGUUGAUCUACCCAUUUCUCCAAGGCGUGAACUUCAACCUGCCGUCUCACCAGAAGAACGCUUCCAUCGGCAUGCUGUCCCUGGAGCGGAUGAUCUGUUCCAUUCUGAUGUACCUGAGGAAGGACUGCUCUUUGAUGGAAGCUGUUUUGGCAGGUUCUCACGUUCCCGAGAGCAUGAAUUUGAAAUACAGGAAAUGGAUAAAUCCAGAUCUUAUCCCUGAGGGAUUGAAACAGGACUACGAGCCACCAACACCCGCCUCAUGCAUUCCCCAGCUCCACGAGGAAAUGAAAGAAAUGUUCGAGACAAGGUUUUCACCACUCUUAGCAGAAGAUGCAGUUGUUUGCUGCCUGCCCGACACCUGCAUCAUCACCUGCGAGCAUGACGUGCUCAGGGAUGAUGGGCUGCUGUACAAGAAGAGGCUGGAGGACAACGACGUCAAAGUGACCUGGUGCCACGUUGAAGACGGCUUCCACGGUGUACUGUGCUCCUUGGGUUACGGUAUUUUCUCUUUUCCCUCAGCGAGUAAAAUAAUGGAUCACAUUUUAAACUUUAUACAAGGCUGUUAAAAUGUCUCCUUGAAUACGCUGAACGACUAGGCAGAGUGAGUGCGUUCCAGUUAAUCAUUUCGUAUCAAGAAAUGAUAAGUUAUGAUCUGCUGACUUCUGGCUUUCAGUUGCUACAACUUGGAAAUGCAAUGCAAUGUGGUUUUCAUCUUCCUUUCUGUUUUUAUCCAUUACCUGGUAUCCUCGUUUUGCUUCUCUUUUUCUUUUUUAAGAACCUUUGUUCUCUUCUUAUGUCAAAGAACAAAACCUCACAAUUUAAACAGCUAAAUAGACUUUAAAGCGUGCAGUAUAUAAGUAAUCAUAAAUGUAUGUGCACACACACACAAAUCCAGUAUGAGAAUACAGAUAAAAUGCUCCCUGAAAGCCUCUGGAGAGUAAAGAUUUUUCACAGUCCCUGAAAUGAGCAGUGAUCACCAUUGAUCUAUAGGUACAUGCAGCCCAUGGGUUUGGACCUGGAUGUAAAAUCUGACAGGGGGAAUUGAGUGUAUUUGCAGAUCCUAGCUUACAGAGCAGUGGGUGGCACAGAAGGGAGUUACAGAAGUCAAAGGUGUUGGAUCCUUCCAUGCAAGUAUCUGAGAGUGGCAACAUGGAAGGGUCCUUUGGCCUUUCAGGGCCCCUUCAGCUCAAACGACUCUGCAAUUCGAUGAUUCUAAGUGGAAACAGACAAACAUACCUGAAUGUCCACUAAGUUAUCAUCUGUGAAGUUCCUUUCUGAGGGGCAUUUACUUGUAUUCAGAGAAGAGACAGACAUAGUGCUUUUGCUAACAAAUAAUUGAGUUAUUAGAUGAGAACUUGAGAGUAAAUACAGAAACAGCACUAAAACUGCUAGAACAGUUUCUGCUAAUGUCCAAAGCAAAGGAAAAUAAAAAAAUCACAGAAUCCCUUGAGUUGCAACAUUAGGAAAGAUUUGUUUUUCAGGACAGAUCCUCAUUAGUAAAUGCAGAUGCCUGGCUAAGUGCCAGAGCAUGUCAAAAGAGCCAGCCAUGCAAUGCCUAAGAAUUGUAAAAUAUUUCAUCACUGUUAUGCAAUCACUUUGCUCUUGUAAUAGCCAUGCAGAUUGAAGUGUGGAAAGAAGGCAGGGCGUUAUCUUUCUUCUCCACCAGCUGAACUGUGAGUAGGAAGAAAAUGCUGGGUUAAGUUCUUCACACUGUCACCAUAUUAAUUAAAUGUGGUGACACGGUAGCACUUAUGAACCUCUGGAGCAACCAGUAGUUACUUGUGAAUUCUUGUCCUCUGCAAAAUGGGAUGGUGUUUCUUUGUGCUUCAUGGACACAAUAGAAAUUCGGUUUCAUUUUUCCUAUUGCUGGUGUUAGUAAUUUACUCUUCAAGCAAUGAAAUUCUUCCAGGAAUAAACAAUGGGAUGAAGCUCACAAAGUUGCACUGAUUGAGGAUUACAGGAUUGGUUUUGAUAAUAGGACUUGGUGUGAAAUUGGCAAUUCAUUUUGGUUUCUGACCUCACAAUGAAGGUGGGCUUACCAGCUGACGUAUUGGUAGCAUCAGCUGGGCCAGAGGUGCACCAGGAUCUGCUACAAAAGCUGUGCAAAAAGCAGGCUAGUACUGGAGCAUGUCAAAGUCUGUUCUGCCACGUGAGUACUGUUACUUGCCCAAGAACACUCAUGAUUAGUUUGGGGAUGUCUCCAUGAACUUCAGUCAAACCUGGGAGUCACCGGGCUUAUCUUUAUUCAGGAUCAGUUUAUUACAUGCACUGCAUCUUUACUACUUUCUCUUUGGUUGACUCCCAAAUGUGGUUUUUAAAGUUUCUGGAAUGGGAAUCCCUCCUCCUGUCUGAUGCAAGAGAAUUUGGCAACCAAAGUGACCUGAAACAAAAGUUCAAAGGCCUCAGCAGUACUGCGCAUGACACAUUGCUCAUCAGUGCCCGGCCUCUCUAAACAAUUGGCUUUUCAUUUGAACAUUAUGGGCACUCCUUUCUGCCAUCCUACACACAGCACAAAGAUAAGGAAACAAAAAUACACUCAAAGAUUCAAGAAAUCAACAAAAGAGCCUCCAAAUAUAACUUCUGGCGUAUGUUUCUCAAAUCAGGCCUUCCCAAAGCCCCAGAAGAUGGCUGAAUCCACCCAGGCCCUGGCCAUCUCAUUUAAGGAUUAACCAUCUUACUCCAUUCUUCCAAGUAAAUUUGAUCAUAGAAUUUCCCCAUCUGAUUACCUCACUUAUAAUAAUAACAAUUUGCCUUCGCAAAAUCUGAGAUUCUUAUCAUCACUACUGAACUUCCAUGCAUUUUUUGUCUUAAGUUUCUGACUUGCCUUUUCUCCACUACUUGAUCAGCAUGCUGUUUGAGCCCAAACGUGACAAAGAUGUGGAUAAAGGGGAAUGUUCUGUACUUCUUCAUAAGAAAAUAGCACCAAUAAAGCUUUUAAACAAUGACGUUGACUAACAAA